AAAGGUUGGAAAUGUAUGUAAAUAUAUGUAAAUUUGGUCAAUUUUUGCUUGAUACUGGCAAAUAAACAUUUUGAUUUUUUGUCUUUGUAAAUAUUACAACGAUAUGGCACUGACGAUCGAUGCAAGACAAUAUCAAGGUUAAUUAAUAUGAGGUCGCCACAGUCCUAUCGCUACGUCAGUAUAUAUACGUGGGAGUAUGGCAUAUCGACCCGUAACAUUUGACAGUUUCACGUGAAUUUCGAUUGACACUCGUAAAAUGCUUGUGAAACUCAAUGGAGAAAUGAAUGAGAAAUGUGUAUUCGUCACUUUCGUUUUAUUCGCGGUGUUAUUUCAUUUUACGGAGUGUAAUGAUGUAGAAAAGUACGCGUUACUUAUGCCAAAUGUUACCCCGAAUAGGGCUGAACUGUAUCUAUGCACACCUAUUAAAAUUGAUCCUUCCCAAAGUUACUAUGUAAUAGGUUUUGAACCAAAUGCAACAAUGGAAACUGCUCACCACAUACUUUUAUACGGUUGUGGUAAACCAGGCAGCUCAAAAUUUGUAUGGAAUUGUGGGGAAAUGGAACACCGUAUCGGCGAUAACGAAGAGGCAAUGUCACCCUGUGCAGAACAGUCCCAGAUAAUAUACGCCUGGGCAAGAGAUGCUCCAAAAUUAAUUUUACCGGAUGGAGUGGGCUUCAAAGUUGGCAGGGAUUCUCCCAUUAAGUACUUGGUUCUACAGGUUCAUUACUCUCACAUCGACCACUUCAAGGAUGGUAGAACAGACGACUCGGGCGUGUUUCUUCAAUACACCUCGCGUCCAUUGAAUAAACUAGCCGGUGUACUUCUACUGGGAACCGCGGGUGCAGUACCCCCCAAGAGCACAACGUAUAUGGAAACAGCCUGCACGAUAAAGGAAAAUAAAACCAUACACCCCAUUGCAUACAGAACGCACACGCAUUCCCUUGGGAAAGUAGUUUCUGGGUAUCUAGUGACACCGGACUACACAUGGACAGAGCUAGGGAAAAGGGACCCUCUGACUCCUCAAAUGUUUUAUCCCAUACACAACAAUGUCUCGGCUAGACAAGGCGAUCAAAUAGCAGCUCGCUGCACAAUGGAAAGCCCACGUCGCAGUUGGACGUACAUAGGCUCGACGAAGGCCGAUGAGAUGUGCAAUUUCUAUUUAAUGUACUAUGUGGAGAACGGCGAGCCGUUGGACAUGAAAUAUUGUUUCACAGCCGGACCCCCGUCUUACUAUUGGAGAUACGGCGGACUCGUCAAUAUACCUGAUCUCGAGGCGUCCAGCUUAUAAUGCGACUCUAGUACCUGGGCUAUAAACGUGGCACAUACAGAAGACUGUUAACAGUGGAAACAUUUAGUUCAAGCAUUAUCUCCGAUUUAACCUAUCUUGGCUGUCUCCCUCCACUAUUUACACACUUUGAAAUAAUUGUCUCAAAGUACUUAAUUUACUCGAUGUCUCGUCGCCUUGACUGUUUCUAGCUUUUACGCAGGUACUCAUAAUAUCGGGGACAGACGUGGUAUUAUUGUGCCACGGGAGGAUGGUCGUAGGAUUAAUUGAUUGAAAGAUGGGCCUACAGAAUGCAAGAGUUUAAAUAUCGUCGACUACCUUCCAUCGAUUUCUGACGACCAAUAACGGUGACUAUCAGUUAUCACCAACGCACAACCAGUGAUUUUAGGUACCUUUCGAUUCUGUUUUCGACCUCGUCGUUUAGGAUUAUUUAUUUAUAUGAUCUUUACGUGUACUUACGCAUCUACCGAUUUAUUUAUUCAAGACAAACUAAUUAAGAGAUCCAUAUCGACGGUAUGUUAAACACGUAGCCGGUGAUAUCUUAUAUUUUUAAAGAGAGCGGUGCUCCGAUGUUGUACAUAAUAGAUUCUUUUAGCGCUAAUCGACUGAAAGUAUCCUACGAUAAUGCAAAUUAUUUUCGAAAAUAUACAGAUGAUAGGUUCGUUUCUAUGUACUUAAUAAUAUUAUACCGAUACGUCAAUAAAUUGUCUGAUACUUAUUGCAA